AUUUUGUGGUUUUGGCGGAAAACUCGAUUUUGCAGUUUUGGCGAAAAAAACUUGAUUUCCGGUUUUGGCGAAAAAACUCGAUUUUGUGGUUUUGGUGGAAAACUCAAAUUAGGUUUUGGCGGAAAAAAACACAAUUUUUCUUUUUGACGGAAAAACUUUAUUCUUAGUUGUGGGGCAAAAACUCGAUUUUGCCAUUUUGGCAUAAAAACUUGAUUUUGAUGCUCAACAAGUUGGAGGAAAGAAUCAUAUCAUAUCUUAAUUUUUCUAAUUUUAUCUCUAAAAUUUAAAAACAAAAAUAAAUAAAAUAUUAUUUUCAAUUAAAUGGGCUAACCCUGGUAUCAUCCCUAACCCUCGAUUAUAAUAGGGUUGACCAUACCAAGUUCGUGUACUCCCCUGAAGCUGGAGCUAGGUUUAGGGAGAAACACGGUGUUCCUGUUGGUAAUGAGACAGUUAUAGUGAUGGGUGUGUCUGGACGUUUGGUGAGAGACAAAGGACAUCCACUUCUGUACGAAGCGUUUGCUUUGAUCGCUAAAACGCACCCGCAAGUGUAUCUACUUGUGGCUGGAUCUGGUCCUUGGGGGAAAAGAUACGCGGAGCUUGGUGAACACGUUAGGGUUUUAGGGUCUUUAGAGCCAGAAGAGCUCUCUUGUUUCUACAACGUUUUGGAUGUGUUUGUGAAUCCAAUGUUGAGACCUCAAGGGCUUGAUUUGACGAUCAUUGAGGCAAUGCAGUGUGGGAAACCUGUUGUGGCGCCGAACUUCCCGAGCAUUGUUGGGACGGUGGUUGUGGAUGAGCGUUUUGGGUAUACGUUUUCUCCAAACGUGAGGUCUCUUGUUGAGACGUUGGAUUCUGUUGUGAGAGAUGGGUCUAGGGUUUUGGAGAUGAAGGGGAAAGCUUGUAAGGAUUAUGCUCUUUCAAUGUUUACGGCUAAACAGAUGGCUUCAGCUUAUGAGAGAUUCUUUAUGUGUAUGACUAAUGAGAGGUUUUGUAGGUACCCUCUUCCUAUAGACAGUUGAUUUUUUUUCAUUGGUUUUGUAAGUUACUUUGAUUCAUAUCUUUUGUAGCAAGAUACUUGUUCUCUUGCAUUACACAGUUUCAUACUCUUUAUUUACACGAUACACACACUUGCAAGUUUUAGUGGAUCUAGUAACGAAAUUAUAAGCGUUUAUUUAUUUGGAUUAAUCAACUUAAUAGUCAUUACUGUUAUUCCUGGUUAUUUUUAUGUGUUCAUAUCUUUAGAUAUGAAGUGGAUUGGGUAAGCAACGGAAUAUCUAAUAUAAAAAAACAAAUCCCAUAAAAGAUGUAGCACUCUUGGCUAAAUGAUCAUCGUUUGAGUUGAUUAUUCGAAAUGCAGUAAGAAAAAACAUGAAAAGGCCUCUUGAGUCUACAAACUCUUCGAGCUCUGCUGAGAAAUUAUGUCAAAAUUCCGGAUUAUGUUAUCGCCCAUAAAUAAUCUAUAUUUUUCAAAGUUAAUUUUAAAUCGUAUAUCUACACGAGCCAUUAUAGAAUACAAACAUGAUAAAUUCAAUUAUUUCAGUCUCACUUUUCAUACUAUUUAUUUGUACUUUCUUGUAAUAUACUUUAUAUACAGAUAUAAUCCGGUCCUAGUAGACUAUUGUAUAUUGUAGAAUGUAUAGAGUACGUAAAGCAUGCACAAUUCAUAAAACCUGUAACGAACAUCACAAUUUAUUUUGGUUACACCGAACGAACAAACAAGGCUGCGUACCAAACGGAUCAAUAUGUUUUCUUAUAAACCGGUUCUCGAUCAAGAAAAGAAAACACA